AUGUCGUCCCUACCGCAAAGACCCGCCGGCCCCGUCCGGACUCAGUCGGCCAGCAGCUUCGCCGGUGCCUUUGACGUAGCUCGCCACAAACUCGACAAGCAGCUCGACAAGGAGAUGCGCAACGAGCUCAAGAGCCUCGCCCUUGUAGAAUCCGACUCCUCCACACCGACCAGCCCCGGAUCCCUGGCAUCAGAUUCCGGCUCCGGCACCCCCAACAGCCCCGGAUCACCCUUGACUGCCGCCCUCACACCCCUCGCAGAUCCCGAUGUUGCUGAGGAUUUUGCAUUUGCGUUCGACAUUGACGGCGUCCUCAUCCGCGGAGGCAAGGUCAUCCCCGAGGCAGUCGAGGCCAUGAAGGUCCUGAACGGCGAGAACAAGUAUGGAGUCAAGGUACCCUACAUCUUCCUGACAAACGGCGGCGGCAAGACCGAGGCCGAGCGUUGCAAGGACCUCUCGGGCCAGCUCGAGAUCGAGGUGUCGACCGGUCAGUUCAUCUGCGGCCACACGCCGAUGAGGGAGCUGGCCGAGGAGCACCGCACCGUCCUGGUCGUCGGCGGGGAGGGCGAGAAGUGCCGCGAGGUUGCCGAGGGCUACGGGUUCCGGGACGUCAUCACCCCCGGCGACAUCAUCAAGGCCAACGCCGCCACCGCCCCCUUCCGCAAGCUCACCCCUCAGGAGCACUCCAACUCGCGCGACCUGCUGGCCCGCACCGGCGGCGACCUUUCCAAGAUCGUCAUCGAGGCCGUCUUCGUCUUUGCCGACAGCCGCGACUGGGCCAGCGACCUGCAGAUCAUCCUCGACGUCGCCAUGAGCAAGGGCGGCCGCCUCGAGACCAGGUCCGAGACCUUUGACGAGGGCCCCCCAGUCUACUUCAGCCACAACGACACCCUCUGGGCCGCGCAGCACGAGCACGCCCGCCUGGGUAUGGGAGCCCUCCGCCGCAUCGUCGAGGUCGUCUUCUCCGACGUCACCGGCGGCAAGGGAACCCUCCGCGCCCACUCGUUCGGCAAGCCUCAGGUUCCCACCUUUGAGUUCGCCACGCGCCUUCUGCAGCGCUGGCGCGAGGACCGCCACGGCCUCACCUCGGGUGCCCCUCCGCCCGAGACCGUCUACUUUGUCGGCGACACCCCGGAGAGCGACAUCCGCGGCACCAACGCCAUGGACGCCGUCAGCGACAACGAGUGGUACUCCAUCCUGGUCAAGACGGGCGUCUACCAGGACGGCACCGUGCCCAAGUAUGUGCCCCGCGUCACCGUCGACACCGUCCUCGACGCCGUCAACCACGGUAUCGAGAGGGAAAUGGAGAAGCGCAAGGCCGCGGCGCUGGCCGCGCCCGUUGUUGCGGCUGAGAAGGGAGCAAAGAUGCAGUUGACCGAGCAGGAGAACGCCGUCGAGCACCUCGAGGUUGUUGUAUAG